GCCGAAGCCCAACUCCGUCGGUUCUGGAAGACGGUCGGCAUCCAACCUCUCCCCCUCAACAACCCCACAAGUUACCUCAUCACCCUGGAUGGAAGACCCUUGAAGACGCCCUCGGGGAAGAAGCUCGAGGUACCGGCCGAGAGGAAGGUCUUGGCCCUCUUGAUCGCGAACGAAUGGGAGAAUCAGAAGGAGAUUAUGAAGGUCUCGGGAUUGCCUAUGACUUCGCUAGCUUCGAGAGCGCUGGAUGGAAUGUCCGAUCCUGCCAUCAAGUCGGGAGUCAUCGACGAACUGCUCCGAUACCUCGAUACCGAUACGACUUGCUUUCCAUCCGACCACCCCUCAACUAUAGUCCGCCUGCAAAAGACCCACUGGGAACCCCUUCACGCCUACUUCAAAGAGACUCACGGCGUGGAUAUCGUCAGCUACGAGACGCUCGUCUUGGGAGCAGGGAAGAGGUUCGAGCAGAAGAAGGAGACAAAGGAAAAGUUGAAAGAGGUCGUUUUAGGGUGGGAUGAGUGGCAGAUUUCCGCUUUGGAAAGGGCGACCUACUCGACCAAAUCCUUCUUGACGGCCUUUGCCUUGGUCGACGGUCACCUCACCGCUGAUCAAGCCGCACAAGUCGCCCUCGUCGAAGUGCAGAGUCAGAUCGAGCUGUGGGGGGAGGUAGAAGAUUCGCAUGACGUGGAUCAUCAGGACAUUCGGAGACAGUUGGGCAGCGUCAACUGUCUGCUUAUUAAGAGCCCCUGA